GCGGAUCGUCUGCUGGGAGCCGGAGGACCGAUUGCUGUCUGCGGGACAAAUUGAUCAAGUUCUCAUCGGUGAGUAUUGAGGCCGGUCACUAGGGGUGAACGCGACCGACAAUUUCCCAUCGUUAGACCUGCGGUGAGAGAUUUAUUUGAAGAAGAACCCCAACUGGAAACAAACCACGACUGAAGACGAGGGAACAGCAACAAGUGAACCAGCCCGAGGACUGAGAGCAUCAACUGGAGAGGACUCUUCCGAAUCGGAGAUUCCAGGAUUCAGUCAGGAGAAAGUUUGGUUAAAAACGAGAAGGAAUUUGUCUCCAGGAAUCUCAAACACGACACGCCAGUUUUGCUAUCUCUAUCUAGAUAUUUAUAAAGUGGAGUCGACCGUCCUUCCUGCUCAGACUGUGGGGAGGGAUCAACUAGGUCAUCUGACCAACUGGCACGCCCGUCAUUUUCCACAGGAGAAAGGCCGUUCACCUGCUCAGACAGAGGGAAUAGAUUCACUCGGUCACCUAAAUUGAAGCUACAUCAGCAAAUUCACGCUGGGCAAGGCCAUUCACCUGUUCUGUGUGUGAGAGGGGAUUAAGUCGGUCAUCCCACCUGUGGACACAACAGUCAGUUUCCACCGGGCAGAGGCCGGUCAUCUGUUGAAUUUUUGGGGAAGGAUUUACUCGGUCAUCUCACCUAAUGGCUCUCCACCGAAUUCACACUGAGGAGAAACCGUUCACCUGCUCGGACUGUGGGAAGGGAUUCACUCACUCAUCCACCCUACUGAGUCAUCAGCGAGAUCACACUGGGGAAAAGCCGUUCACCUGCUCAGAAUGUGGGAAGGGAUGCACUCACUCAUCCACCCUAGUGAGUCAUCAGUCAACUCACCCUGGCGAGCGGCCAUUCACCUUCACAGAAUGUGGGAAAGGAUUCUCUUUGUCAUCUCACCUACUGACUCACCAGUCAGUUCACACUGGGGAGAAGCCGUUCAUCUGCUCGGACUGUGGGAAGGGAUUCACUCACUCAUCCACCCUACUGAGUCAUCAGCGAGAUCACACUGGGGAAAAGCCGUUCACCUGCUCAGAAUGUGGGAAGGGAUGCACUCACUCAUCCCAUUUACAGAGACACCAGCGAGUUCACACUGGGGAGAGUUCAUUCAUCUGCUCGGACUGUGGGAAGGGAUUCACUCAGUCAUCCCACCUACAGAGACACCAGCGAGUUCACACUGGGGAGAAGCCAUUCACCUGCUCAGUCUGUGGGAAGAGAUUCACUCUGUCAUCCAACCUACAGAGUCAUCUGCGAGUUCACAUUGGGGAUAAGCCGUUUACAUGUUCAGAAUGUGGGAAGAGAUUCACUCGUUCAUCCGACCUACUGGGUCAUCAGCGAGUUCACACUGGGGAGAAGCCGUUCACCUGCUCGGACUGCGGGAGGAGAUUCACUCAGUCAUCCAACCUACAGAGUCAUCAGAGAGUUCACACUGGGGAGAAGCCGUUCACAUGCUCAGAAUGUGGGACGAGAUUCACUCGUUCAUCCGACCUACUGAGUCAUCAGCGAGUUCACACUGGGGAGAGGCCGUUCACUUGCUCAGAGUGUGGGAAAAGAUUCACUCGUUCAUCUCACCUACUGAGUCACCAGCGAGUUCACACUGGGGAGAGGCCAUUCACCUGCUCAGUCUGUGGAAAGAGAUUCACUCAAUCAUCCAACCUGCAGAGUCAUCAGCGAGUUCACACUGGGUAUAAGCCGUUCACAUGCUCUGUCUGUGGGAAGGGAUUCACUAAGUCAUUCAACUUACUGGUACAUCAUCGAGGUCACACUGGUGAGAAGCCAUUCACCUGCUCAGAAUGUGGGAAGAGAUUCUCUCUGUCAUGCAACCUACAGACACACCAGCGAGUUCACACUGGGGAGAGGCCAUUCACCUGCUCAGUCUGUGGGAAGGGAUUCUCUCGGUUAUCCCACCUACAGAGUCAUCAGCGAGUUCACAGUGCGGAGAAGCCGUUCAUCUGCUCGGUCUGUGGGAAGGGAUUCACUCACUCAUCCACCCGACUGAAUCAUCAGCGAGUUCACACCGGGGAGAAGCCGUUCAUCUGCUCCCUCUGUGGGAAGAGAUUCACUCUGUCAUCCAACUUAUUGGUUCAUCAUCGAGCUCACACUGGUGAGAAGCCGUUCACCUCCUCAAAAUGUGGGAAGAGAUUCAUUCAGUCAUCCCAACUACUGGCACAACAGGCAGUUCACACUAUGUCAAAGAUACAGCAGGAAGUUCUGCAGCUGAUCCACUUAUUCUACGAUUGUAGCUGUUGCCGGUCUGCUGAAGGAAGUGAAUUGGAAGCGCGAGCAUGAGCCCGUCACCCGUGACCACAUUGGACGAGCGGGACAAGCGAUACUCCAACUAUUCAGAAGGCGGUAGUCAUGAGUCUUUCAUUGUUAUGAGGAUGAAUGAUUUUUGGGGUACUUCAUAUUAUCUUCAGCGGAACUAACGUAAAACUAUCAAUUUUGCCUUAGUAAGGUAUAUCACAGUAUUAAGUUUUACUACUCAUGUUAAA